AUGGAUAAAUGCAAGAGCGACGCCAAAGACUGCGUCACAAGUGCUUUAGACAGAAAAUCGCCGUCUGAGAUUGAAAACGGAGACGAAGUAUUCUGGAGACAUAUCCGAGAAUGCACUGUCUCGCGAAAUAUCAAUGGCAAUGGAGACUCUCCCAAAAACUUUGUUGCUGCCUUUGACGACAGCAUGCGAUUCAUCUGCGAACCGCCAGCGAAGGGGAACAAGAUGGAUUGCGUCUUCAUCUUUAGGAAAAUGGUCGAGAAAGAUUGCGCAAAUCGGGGCUGCCGCUUUCCGCGCGAGCUGCCUCACUUUUGCGCCAAACUCGGCGGAUGCGAGGAGUGCGAGCAUGGUGCCGGUGACAAGACGAACGGUGGCUUGGAGGGCAAGUUCCCUGGGGCCGGCCCCUUCUUCUGCACUCUACGCCAGAACAAAGUCGAUACAACUCAGCCUGCCCCACUAAACUCGAAUCAGUGCAACGAAAUACGCAUGCAGAAGUUCACAGAGUGCCGACAGAGCAACCCAUAUGACUUUGAUAGGUGCUUCAAUGAAGGUCAAGAUGCGUUCACGAAAUGCGGGGGAUUGCAGUGA